AUGCACGCCAUCUCCGACACUAUCAAGGAGGACCACCGUGAACUCGAAGCUUGCUACGAAAAGAUUGACGAAAAGGCAAUUUGGCAGAAUCAGUUCGCAUGGGAGCUUGCCCACCACCUAUGCGCGGAGGAGUUAUUUAUUCAUCCUGUCUUUGAAAAAAGGUUGCACAAUGGAAAAGAAAUUGAGCACAAAGAUCGGGGAGAACACCAAACUAAACUGAAGAAAUUUCAAGACACAAGAUCUUCGAACCCCAGCUUCAUCCCGGCAAUCCAUGAUCUGAUGAAGGUCCUGGGACCGCACAUCGAAGAAGAAAACUUUGCUCUGCCCGCGCUCGAACAGAUGCUUUCCCCUCAGGAAAGUGACUCAAUGAGCCACUCAUUCGCCCGGACCAAGAUACUAGUUCCUUCACGUUCACAUCCGUCUGCUCCCAACAAUCUCCCUUUAAUACACCAGCCGCGCUAA